AUCCUCCAAACUAUCCAAUUCUUUUGUCCUUUGCAGGACUAUAUAGUCCUAUUAGUCAGUUACCAAUAAACUACAUUUGCAAACUUUUGAGAUAUUCAAAAUGGCAUCAAACUCAAUCUCAUACGGUUCCAGCUGUUUGUGGACAGCUAAGCAGAACAAACUAUUUGAAACAGCACUUGCUGUUUAUGAUCGAGACACCCCUGACCGUUGGAUAAAGAUUGCACGGGCAGUGGGUGGCAAGUCUGCAGAAGAAGUGAAAAUGCACUAUGAAGUGCUUCUUCAGGACCUUAGGCACAUAGAGUCCGGCUAUAUUCCUUCUCCUAAUUACAGACCUUAGUUUAGGUGCUUGAGUUUUAAUGUCAACCAUCAGCAUUCUGUCAGAUGGUGGAUUAUGAGCAACCAUAGAGUUCAUGAAUUAUAUUUGGUGAAACAAAAUUGUAUAGAAAAUUCAACUAGAAUUACCAGAUUCCAAAUAAAUAUGUUUUUACUUUCUGGGCUAUGUGCACUGUCUACUAACAAAGGUGGAGAUGCACUGGCGUCAGUUAAAUGCGUGUCUUUUGUGUAUAUUGUUGUAUUUCUUUUGUCAGUAUAAGCUAUUCAUAUAUAAUAUAACGUAACGAUUGUUAGAA